AUGGCUUUAUCGACUGCCACCACCACAGAAGGGAAGGCCAGAAGAUCGAUGCCUUCAGCAUUAACAUUUGAUCUUGAAUCCAAAUGCUCCACCACGAAAGCCCGCGCGAGUACCCUCCACCUCCCCCACGGGCCCGUCAAACUCCCGAUUUUCAUGCCUGUUGCAACCCAGGCAUCAUUAAAAGGCCUAACACCGGACCAACUAGCACAGACAGGGUGUAAACUUUGCCUGAAUAACACGUAUCAUUUGGGUCUUAAGCCAGGACAAGCCGUGCUAGAUGAAGUCGGGGGAGCGCAUAAGUUUCAAGGGUGGAAUGGCAAUAUUUUGACCGAUAGUGGUGGCUUCCAGAUGGUGUCUCUCUUAAAGCUUGCACAAGUAACAGAAGAGGGUGUACGAUUCCUAAGUCCGCACGAUGGAUCACCAAUGUUACUCACACCUGAACACUCUAUAUCUCUACAGAACUCAAUAGGCUCGGACAUAAUCAUGCAAUUAGAUGAUGUCAUUGCUACGACAUCCCCGGAUCAUGCAAGGAUGCAAGAGGCAAUGGAAAGAUCGGUACGAUGGCUGGACAGGUGCAUAGAUGCACAUAAAUACCCUGAAAGACAAAACCUUUUCUGUAUAAUCCAGGGAGGACUUGACCUGGAAAUGCGCCGUCAGUGCUGCGAGGAAAUGGUGGCACGGGAUACGCCCGGAAUCGCAAUUGGCGGGCUGUCUGGAGGGGAGGCGAAAGAUGAAUUCUGUAAAGUGGUUGACGCUUGUACUGAUAUGUUACCGACAAAUAAGCCUCGAUAUGUUAUGGGUGUGGGAUACCAAGAAGAUCUAGUAGUAGCUGUUGCUCUAGGUGCCGACAUGUUUGACUGCGUGUUCCCAACUCGGACAGCUCGUUUUGGGAACGCCUUGACACCUUACGGUACUUUGGGCCUUCGACGUGCCGGGUUUUCCCGUGAUUUUAGACCGAUAGAUGAAAACUGCCAAUGCAAGACCUGUCGGCCUAAAGAGCAAGGCGGGCUUGGUAUUACUCGAGCAUAUCUGCACCACCUUGCGGCAAAAGAGACCGUUGGAGCACACUUUAUAACCAUGCAUAACGUUCAUUAUCUACUUGCAUUAAUGGACUCGGCUAGACAGGCAAUUCUAGAAGAUAGAUAUCCUCAGUUUUUAAAAGAGUUCUUCGGAAACUUAUACGGGGAGAAAUCAGAGAUACCUCAAUGGGCAGUCGUUGCACUCCGUGGAGUUGGAGUGGAUUUAAUGGAAUAG